GCCAGCGGCUCCAUCGGCAAAGCCAUCACCCAGGCCCUCCUCGAAACAGGCCUCCACACCAUCACAGCCCUAACGCGAUCCACCAACCAAACGCCCCUCCCCUUCGCCAUCCCCACCAUCCCCAUCGACUACACCAACCCCACCAGCCUCACCAACGCCCUCAUCAACCAAGACUGCCUCAUCAUCACCCUCUCCGUAUAUGCCCCACCCGACACCCAAUCCAAACUCAUCUCCGCGGCCUCCGCCGCCGGAAUCAAGUACAUCAUGCCGAAUAUCUGGGGGUGCGAUGUCAUGCACGACCCGCUGGCCAAGGGCGUGAUGUAUUGGGAUCGGAUGCGCAGUGUGCUGUCUGAGAUUGAGGAGAAGGGGAUGAUCUGGACGGCGUUGGUAUGUGGAUUCUGGUACGAACAUAGUUUACUUCUGGGACCGGGGGGGUUAGGGUUUGAUUUUGCGAAUAGGAAGGUGACGAUGUAUGAUGAGGGAGAUACGCGGAUUAAUGUGAGUACGCAGGGGCAGUGUGGACGGGCGGUUGCGAGAUUACUCAGUUUGAAGAUCUUGCCGGAGGAUGAAGAGGAUGAGGAUGAGGGGGUGACGAUGAGUCGGUGGGCGAAUCGACCGGUGUAUGUUUCGAGUUUUUUGGUCAGUCAGAGGGAUGUGUUUGAGAGUUGGUUGCGGGUGACUGGGGAGGAGAGGGAGGGGUGGACGGUGGAGAGAGAGGAGUCGAAACGCAGGUAUGAACGGGGAAUGGAGUUGUUGGGGAAGGGCGAUCAGGAGGGGUUUGUGUUGGCGAUGUUUGCGAGGGUGUUUUUUCCGAAUGGGGAUGGGGAUCAUGAGCAUCGAGUGGGGUUGGAUAAUGAGGUGUUGGGAUUGCCGGGGGAGGAUUUGGAUGAGCGGACGAGGGUGGCCAGGGCGAUGUUGGAGGGGGGAUGGGAUUAUUUUAGUAAUCGGGUGAGUGUAUAGUCUUGAUACCUGGUGCUGGUUUGUUAGGGUUACCAUGUAUGCAUUGUACAAGUACAUGCUCACAGAGGAAAUGAUAUCUUUUCUAUGCUGC